CAUGUGUAUAUACAGGCACAUACACAAACGUGCGUAUGUGUGUGUGUUUUCUGUAUAUAGAGGCAGUGAGUUGAGUUGCACUCUCAACCUCCCCUAACAACCCAUCUUCUCUACCCACCUUAGAUCAGGGCGCACUACUGCACUGCACUGGUUCUUCCCCAAUUUCCUUGAACCGGCCGUUAAUGGAGCGCGCCAGAAAAUUAGCGAACCGGGCGAUUCUGAAGCGCCUGGCGUCGGCGUCGAAGCAGCAGCAGCACCACCAAUUCCGCAGAUCGUCGUCGAGGUACGUCUCCUCUUUAUCUCCCAGCGUCAUUCAAUCCCCCAAUAAUGUCUCCAAUCUCCGGCGGAGCUUCGCGCAAUUCAACGCCGCUCGAUCCAUCUCCAUCGACGCCCUAAAACCAAGCGACACCUUCCCCCGCCGCCACAACUCCGCCUCGCCGGAGGACCAAUCGAAAAUGGCGGAGUUCGUCGGAUUCCAGUCCCUCGACGCCAUGAUUGACGCCACCGUUCCUCGAUCUAUUCGCAUCGAUAAGAUGCAGUUCCCCAUCUUCGAUUCCGGAUUAACUGAAUCCCAAAUGCUCGACCACAUGUCCUAUUUAGCUUCCAAAAAUAAGGUUUUCAAAUCCUACAUAGGGAUGGGAUAUUACAACACAUUCGUCCCCCCUGUAAUCCUUCGAAACAUCAUGGAGAAUCCCGGCUGGUACACUCAGUACACUCCCUACCAGGCCGAGAUUUCGCAGGGCCGACUGGAAUCCCUCCUCAAUUACCAGACCAUGAUUACGGAUCUCACAGGUCUCCCCAUGUCCAACGCUUCCUUGCUCGACGAAGGCACUGCAGCCGCCGAAGCCAUGUCGAUGUGCAACAACAUUCAGAAAGGGAAGAAGAAGACCUUUGUGAUUGCCAGCAAUUGCCAUCCCCAAACCAUCGAUAUUUGCCAGACUAGAGCCGAUGGAUUCGAUCUUAAAGUUGUUGUUUCCGAUGUUAAGGACAUCGAUUACAAGUCGGGGGAUGUCUGUGGUGUUCUUGUUCAGUAUCCGGGGACUGAGGGCGAGGUUGUCGAUUAUUCGGAGUUUGUAAAGAAUGCUCAUGGUAAUGGAGUGAAGGUCGUGAUGGCGACGGAUUUGUUGGCUUUAACUAUGCUGAAGCCUCCCGGCGAAUUUGGGGUUGACAUUGUCGUUGGCUCGGCGCAGAGGUUUGGAGUUCCGAUGGGCUAUGGAGGCCCUCAUGCUGCCUUUUUGGCGACGUCGCAGGAGUAUAAAAGGAUGAUGCCGGGACGGAUCAUUGGAGUUAGUGUUGAUUCGUCGGGGAAGCCUGCUCUUCGUAUGGCGAUGCAGACUCGGGAGCAGCACAUUCGCCGCGAUAAGGCCACGAGCAACAUUUGCACAGCUCAAGCGUUGCUUGCGAAUAUGGCUGCGAUGUAUGCUGUUUAUCAUGGACCCGAAGGGCUUAAAACGAUUGCGCAAAGAGUUCAUGGUCUUGCGGCAGCAUUUUCUGCAGGGCUGAAGAAGCUCGGGACUGUGGAAGUUCAGGACCUGCCUUUCUUCGACACGGUGAAGGUCAAAUGCGGAGACGCGAAGGCCAUUGCCGAGGCUGGUUACAAGAAAGAAAUAAAUUUACGGAUUGUGGAUGACAAGACUGUAACUGUUUCUUUUGAUGAAACGACCACAUUAGAAGAUGUUGACAAGCUGUUUGAAGUCUUCGCUUCCGGAAAGCCUGUUCCAUUCACGGCUGCAUCUCUUGCUCCGGAUGUUGAGAAUUUGAUCCCUUCCGGCCUCGUGAGGAAGAGCCCUUAUCUAACGCACCAAAUAUUCAACUCGUUCCAUACCGAGCACGAGCUUCUUAGGUACAUUCAUAAGCUUCAGUCCAAGGAUCUGUCCUUGUGUCACAGUAUGAUUCCCUUGGGAUCUUGCACGAUGAAACUAAACGCCACCACGGAGAUGAUGCCGGUCACAUUCCCUGCGUUUUCAGAUCUUCAUCCUUUUGCCCCAGUCGAGCAGGCUGCCGGCUACCAGGAAAUGUUCAAGAAUUUGGGUGAACUUUUGUGUACAAUCACUGGCUUCGAUUCUUUCUCUUUACAACCGAAUGCUGGCGCUGCUGGAGAGUAUGCUGGACUGAUGGUUAUUCGCGCAUAUCACAGGUCUAGAGGAGACCACCAUCGCAACGUAUGCAUCAUUCCAGUGUCGGCGCACGGCACAAACCCUGCAAGCGCAGCCAUGUGCGGGAUGAAGAUCAUCACAGUUGGAACGGAUUCUAAGGGAAACAUCAACAUUGAUGAGCUGCGAAAGGCUGCAGAGACGAAUAAACAGAACUUGGCUGCACUUAUGGUUACGUAUCCUUCGACACACGGAGUUUACGAGGAAGGGAUUGAUGAGAUCUGCAAGAUAAUUCACGAGAAUGGCGGCCAAGUUUACAUGGAUGGAGCUAAUAUGAAUGCUCAGGUUGGUCUGACGAGCCCUGGGUUUAUCGGUGCUGAUGUUUGCCAUCUCAAUCUCCACAAAACGUUCUGUAUUCCUCAUGGUGGAGGCGGCCCGGGCAUGGGGCCUAUUGGGGUGAAGAAACACUUAGCGCCGUUUCUACCAUCGCAUCCUGUGGUAGCUACGGGAGGCAUACCAGCGCCGGACGAGUAUCAGCCGCUCGGUUCCAUUUCAGCUGCGCCGUGGGGAUCUGCGCUCAUUUUGCCCAUUUCAUACACGUACAUUGCCAUGAUGGGGUCGAAAGGAUUGACUGAUGCAUCGAAGAUAGCCAUCUUGAAUGCCAACUACAUGGCUAAACGUUUGGAGAAGCAUUACCCUAUCCUUUUCUGCGGUGUGAACGGGACAGUAGCCCAUGAGUUCAUUGUAGACCUGAGAGGAUUUAAGAACACGGCUGGAAUUGAACCCGAAGAUGUUGCGAAACGUCUCAUGGACUACGGUUUCCAUGGACCGACUAUGUCGUGGCCAGUUCCCGGCACACUCAUGAUUGAACCGACUGAAAGCGAAAGCAAGGCGGAGCUGGACAGGUUCUGCGACGCGCUGAUCUCUAUUAGGGAAGAAAUUUCGAUGAUUGAGAAAGGAAACGCCGAUGCUCAAAACAAUGUUCUCAAGAGCGCUCCUCACCCGCCGUCUCUUCUGAUGGCUGAUGUUUGGACAAAACCGUACACCCGGGAAUACGCCGCCUACCCUGCUCCAUGGCUCAAGGCUGCCAAGUUCUGGCCAACGACAGGGCGCGUGGACAAUGUGUAUGGCGAUCGCAAUCUGAUCUGCACGCUGCUGCCGGCGUCUGCGACGGCCGAAGAAGCUGCUAAGGCUGCCACUGCCUGAGAGCUGAGUUCUUGCUCUGGUCUGGACUGGACUGUACUCUGUUGUCUGUACAUAACCAACCUACAUUAUUAUUAUUAUUAUUAUUCCUUAUUAAUGCUUCGUCUUCCACAACGCACGUUCUUCUUUAUUUACAUUGCAUAAAUAUAAAUGUUGCUGCUGCCGAUGAUGAUGACGAUGAUGAUGACGAUUAUGAAGUACUUAGACAUUAUUAUUAAUAUCAAUUAUUGUUGAUCUUCCCUCCCA